AUGUCGUCAGCGAGGCCACUCUGCGUUUUGUGCGAGCGUCCGGCGCCGGACGGAUUUGUCCAAGCUGUCAACGUGGACAAGGAGAAGCUGCAGAAUUGGUUGCUGAAAAUUUGCGGACACGAAUUUGCCGAGGAAAUCGAGGAUCACGACCUCAUUUGUUACUUUUGCAUCUGGCAUGCAGAGUUCCUGGCCAAACACGGCUUGAAUUGCGGGGCUGAUUCUUGGUGGCCUCAUGAUUUGGAAUAUUUGGAUGACGCGGCAAAAGAGCUGCGGAAAAGCUAUUUUGAUGGAAAAGCUGAGCAGUGCUGGGUUCAGUUGGAAAACGUUGAUGAUUCGGAGGAACGAAUUGAGACCGGACAUAGACUUCAAAUUGAGCAGAAAAUGAGGAAAUGUCUCUACUGUGAGAAAUCAUACAAAAAUGGCACGAGGUUGGGAGAACACGUGAAGAGAGCGCACAAAAAUGCCAUCAGGUGUGAAAACCAAAGAUGUGCUACCUACUUCCACACAAUUGAGGAAAAAGAAGAGCACGUCAAGCAUUUCCACAAGACACCGAGAGAAAGAAAGAUUAUUCAGUGCCCAUUUUGUGAAAAGGAGUUCCAGGGAUAUAAUAACUACCGCCAGCAUGUUCGACGUAUCCACAAUGAAUAUCCGGUGAAUUGUGCUUUCCGUGGUUGCAUUGAUUAUUUCAAAACUGAAGAUGAAAUGAAAUCUCACUUUGAUACAACUCACAAGGAUGAAGGUGAAGAACCCAAAGCCUACGAAUGCGAGUAUUGUGGAUAUAGAGCAAAGAAAAAAAGGGACUUGGAAAGACACCUUGCUGCGAAGCAUUUGCCGAAGACAAUCAAGUGUUCUCGUUCGGAAAUGUCGUCAGCGAGGCCACUCUGCGUUUUGUGCGAGCGUCCAGCGGCGGACGGAUUCAUCCAAGCUGACAACGUGGACAAGGAGAAGCUGCAGAAUUGGUUGCUGAACAUUUGUGGAUACGAAUUUGCCGAGGAAAUUGAGGAUCACGACCUAAUUUGUUACUUCUGCAUCUGGCACGGAGAAAUCACGUUUAUUACUUUUUUAGAAGGAAAAGUUGAGCAGUGCUGGGUUCAGUUGGAGGAAAUAGCAGAGUCAGAAGACGAAGAAGAAGAAAUUGAAUCUGACAACCAUUCUAAGCUGAAAAGGACAAAAUGUUUCUACUGUGAUAAAUCAUACAAAUUUAGUUCAAGCUUGGCAAACCACGUGAAGAAUGAACACAAAAAUGCCAUCAGGUGUGAAAAAUACAAAUGCGUCACCUACUUCCACACAAUUGAGGAGAAAGAAGAGCACGUCAAGAAUUUCCACGAGAUGCCGAGAGAACGAAAAAUUAUUCAGUGCUGUUUUUGUGAAAAGGAAUUUCAGGCAAAUUGUAGCUACCACCAGCAUGUUCGUUCUGUCCACACUGAAUUUCCGGUGAAAUGCGCUCUGAUUGGCUGCGUCUUGUAUUUCAAAUCCGAGUCUGAUAUGAAAUCUCACAUUGAGUCAGCUCACAAGGAGGAAGACGAGGCUAAAGUCAACAAAUGCAAGUAUUGCGGGUUCAGAGCAAAGCAAAAAAUAAAUUUGGAAAAACACAUUGCUCGGAAGCAUUUGCCGAAGACAAUCAAGUGUUCCAAGUGCGACAAAUUGUUUUCUACCAUGAAAUUGCUGAAGAUGCAUGACCAACGAGAUCAUUCGUUCAAAAUUUGCUCAGUAUGCGAUGAAGAAGUUACAUCACGCAAUAUUAGUCUCCACCUGAAAAAGCAGAACUGCCGUCGCUGCAAAAACAAAUUUGAUUGCUUAGGGUUAAUUCAAAAGCACAGGGAAAGUUGCAAGGGAAUUCAGUUUAAGUGUGAAAAAUGUGCAAAGACGUUCCAAAUGUCCCAUCGACUGAAUUACCACGUGAGAAGGAUGCACAGAAACAACUCCUGGCGUGGUUUGCAACACCAGAAUCUUGGUUACAAAUGCAGUACAUGCAAAAUGUUCUUCAAAAAUGCUACAACCUUGAAGAAACACUUGAAAUAUGUACACAGCGCUGCUAAUUUGAAGCAAUGCGCGCACUGUCCUAAAAGCUUCACUCUUCUCUCGACAUUGAAAUACCAUUUGGCCAAGAAACAUAAUUUGAUUGCGUGUCACUUUGAAUGUGAUUUCUGCAAGAAGAGGUUUUUCCAAAAAUUUGUCCUUCAAUUGCAUAUUCAACGUUCCCACUUGGAUCGCGCUCGUGGAAAAUGCGAAAUAUGUGGCAAGGAGAUGUUCAUCCACUCAAUGGAGAAUCACCUGUUGUAUUUUCAUGACAAACACUGA